AUGGAGACGGCCGCGAACGACAACGAAAACAACAACAACAACAACAACAAUCAAGAUACCGUCAAGGCGUUUGAUGACCUGUCGCUGUUGAACUGUACCUGGCUGUGCGACGAAGCUGCUGGAAUCCUAAGCGAAAUCCGCGGUCGCGUGAUGACCAAGACGAAGGUGCCUCUGAAUAUCGGCCUCCAGUCUUCCCUAGAGGAUGCUGACAAGGACGCUGAUGCGGAGAAGACGUCGGAGGAACUGGAAGCAGAAGACGAGAAGAUCAAGGACAUGCAGGACGAGCUGAAGAGAGCUGGCGACAUGUACAGCAAGAGCAAGGUCUCCCUGGCAACGAUCUUCAACAAGUACCGCAAGAACAACCCGAAUGCAGGAAUCGACGACGAUUUUCCGGCCCUCGAUGAUGAUAGCGAUGCCAGUGAGGGUGCAGGAAGUGACCUCGACAACGUGGACUUCGUCUAUGACUCCGAAGAGGAUGAGGAUGGUGGUGGACAGGACUAAAUGUCUUGUCGUCGACUUCACAGGAAGUCGACGAGGUGUUAUUACACGAGCGUGAUGCUCACAGUAAGUACACCAAUUGGAAAAUUUUAACUCGUUCUUCCUCUUUGUGUAGAAGUUGGUUUAUCUAUUGUAAGUUUUUAGAUCCGAAUCUUCGAACUUCUUCUAGGUGAUCAAUUAUCUCUUUCCAUCAGGAGGGGUCGCCUUCGUCGUCAAUUCAAACUUGUAGGAAGUGGCAGUGUAGACUUUGAGGACUUUGAGUGAUUCACCUACAUCCUGUUCUUCAUCUUUCUGAUUGUAUAAUGGAAGUAAGUAGUCCGUUGAGAUCAAGCAUGCCUGAGUAGUUCUACUACAGUUUACACAUAAUUACGCCCUUUGCGAAUUCUAUUUGCGACAUUAUUACUGCACAGCAAUCUACUGCAACCGACUUCGUGUCUAAUGUAGUCUCAAUGUAACUGCAGAAACCAUCUCGAACUGUGCCAGUUGUAGUUCUAAUAUGUAGUGCAAGCAGUGCAAUCGCAAGCAAUCCAGUGUGGCUGGGGACUCAUAACAUUGUAGAUAGAAUCAAGAAGGACACGAGCAAACUUCACGACUACCAUAAUCAUUCCAGUAUGUAAAUAGUUGAGAUGUAUAGCAGGUGACAACACAGUGCGAACAUGGAGAAUGGGCGUUGCCCUGUAAUCUGAGGAAUGGCGCGGCUACCUGCGAUUUCUGAACUUGCACAGAAGAGAGACUACGGCUAAGGGCACUGAAAUGUGAAGAAUUGAGCUUCAGAAAUAUUCUAGAUCUAAUGGAGUAGAUUGCGACUGAUCUAAGGCUGAGCCUGGUCACGUCGUUAGAGGCGCGCGAAGGUCGGCGUGGUGAUAGCAAGGGCCAACAGUUUUCGUUCUAGUAUUUCGGUGUCCCUCAUCUUGUAGUACCUCAGUCCACCUUGAAUGAUGAGGGCAGUGCCAGUCGACGUUUUUCUGAGCUUCUCAAGCAGGUUACCACAUCGCACAGGAGACUACGUCAGAAUCUACACUACGACUACCCUUUCGAAGUUCGUUUGACAGAAAGCGGCCUCGUCCUACGACGUACCGGAGGCCCGAAUCUAUCUAAUUUAGGAUGUUGAAUGAGUUACUUGAUUUGGAUCGUAAGAAGUCUUUUCUCGGGGUUGUUCUAAUGAUGAGACAUCUGUCAUGAUACGUCCACGCUUCGCAUUAGUAUCCGACUAGAUCUCCAUCAAGUCCACAUAUUAUUUUUAUGUUGUGCCAUGAGGAAGAGGAGCUAGGAUCUGUUAUACUAUUUGUCUUGUUCUUACAUAGAAUUUCACUUUUUCUCGCAUUUUUUGACCUCAAUAUGCUCUACAACAUUGCUCGUUAUAAUUAAUUAUUCCCCAGUCGUAUAAUGACUCACUACCGCGUCGUGGUGGCGCAUUGUGCGUCUGCUUAAGCACAUCUCUGACCGGUAGCAUUCUAUUUCUUAUUUCAAAACCUUUCUCCGUCGAUAUAGAGCUACUGACUUACUGCUUCGCGUCGAAUUUGUCAGGCAAGAUGACAGGCGACGCGAAUGCCCCUCAAGCACAGCUGAGCCGGAGAUGAAUCAUCCACAACAGCCCUAAACUGAUACUAAGCGUUUGUGUUGUCUAUGGUAUUUGAAACAUUCUACGGAUGCUCAUGAUGCUCGUAUUGUAGCGAGUCCCUUGGUGAAUCAUCGUCCUUGUCCUUCAGCAUUAGGCUCCAGCUCUCGGCGGAUCUGGUAGCAUUCCGUCGUAGGAUUGGUUGACUAAUGUCGUCGUGCUGAGUGUAGGCUUAUAUGUACCAAAUUCCGCAUAUCCUCCAGUAGAUUGCCUGUUUUCGUAGAUAUAACUAGGAAUGACAUGAUGUACAGAAAAGGUUGAUGAGCCACGUCGCCGACUGGUAGCAUUGUUCUGCUAUUAAUGCUUUCGCUCUACAUGAAGUAGCAAGUACUAGACUAGGACUUAGGCAUAGAGGACAGAAAAGCGCGACUGUGUCGACAUCUGAUCAAGAAGACAAGCGCGCUCAUCGCUACACAUCGAAGCUAAUGCGUCCCGUGCUUGUACCUUAAAACGAAUAUGAAACUCAAUGGACACCACUAGUAGAUGAGUGACUACACGAGCACCAGAGACGCUGCACCCUCUGGCAGUUCAGCUCUUUGGAAGUCGGGCUCUUCGUGCCUCUGAAUGUCUUCAUUAUGAUGCUUCGACAACGUCUCUACAGCAUGUUCUUACCCCGUCUGUUUUUUGCCAGUCUCUGUUUGACGAGGUGGCGACUGAUCAUUGUCUCACGAGUGGCCCUAUUAGAGUACUCCGUGCGACAAGUGGGUGGAAUUAUUGACGACCAGGAGCGUUGACUGAGGUUCUCUGUAUGCGAGAAAAGUGAGCUAUUCUUUGUUGAUCUUCUUCGAACUACUUCAAUUCCAGACUACAGAUACUGUCUUGCUUUUCCUUUCCGGUGCAGCAGUCAGUUCUAAUUUUCUUCUAGUCCAUGAGGACGAUAGCGAAAGCGAUAGAUGAGAUCGACGAGGAUACUGGUUCGUAAUCGUAGCGACUGAGAAGCGAAGUGUGGCAGUGUCGUCUGACGAGAUAGAGAUAGUUACUAAAAAAAGCGCAUCUGUUAUAUAUUUUCUAGCAUGUAACGGAGAGGAGCUCGCGUCUGUCUCUGUUCGUGUGGCG